ACUUCUAAAUUAAAAUUAAAAAAAAAAAAACUUCCUUUCAUCUCUCUCAUCUCCUUCCUUCAAUCUCAAGCUUUUUUUUUUUUUCACUUUUUAUUUUUGGCUGAAAAAAACGAUGAAUUGAAAGGUGUUUCAGCUUUCCCUCUUUGAACUUCAGCUUCAGUUCUUCAAACUCAAUAGCUGAAAGGAAAAACAUAUUUUUACUUCAUUCAUUCAAAUUCCCACACAAAAAGGGGAAAAACCCAGAAAUUUUAAGCCAUGAAACAGUUACACAAGCAAUCAAGCAUUAACCAUAGGCGAGAUGAAGAGAUCUUAAUACCUCAAACUCCUCCUUACUCACCCAAAUCCUUAAAACACCCCAGAUCUCUCCCUAGAUCCAUUAACUAUCUCUUCAAAGAACAACGCCUUUUGUUCAUCUUCAUCGGCAUUUUAAUCGGUUCUACUUUCUUCAUCCUCCAACCAACUCUCUCUCGUUUAGGCCCAACCGAGACUCACCCUUCGAUCCCCAAAUCUUUCUCUAACAACGUCGUUUCCCACACCCAAGAGUUCUCCGUUUCCAAUCAGAAUCCUAUUCAUGGCAAAAUGGGUCGUGUUCCCGUCGGGAUCGGUCGACGGAGGAUGAGGAUCGUCGUCACCGGUGGUGCUGGGUUUGUCGGUAGUCACCUCGUUGAUAAGCUAAUUGGAAGAGGCGAUGAAGUGAUUGUUAUCGAUAAUUUCUUCACUGGGAGGAAAGAAAACGUGGUUCAUCUUUUUGGGAAUCCGAGGUUCGAAUUGAUUCGACAUGACGUCGUUGAACCGAUUCUCUUGGAAGUAGAUCAGAUCUAUCAUUUAGCUUGCCCUGCUUCACCGGUUCAUUAUAAAUAUAAUCCCGUUAAGACCAUCAUAUCAAAUGUGAUGGGUACUCUUAACAUGUUGGGGCUUGCAAAGAGAGUUGGGGCCAGGUUUUUGCUUACGAGCACGAGUGAGGUUUACGGUGAUCCCCUUCAGCAUCCUCAGAAAGAAACCUAUUGGGGAAAUGUUAAUCCAAUCGGUGAGAGGAGUUGCUACGAUGAAGGAAAAAGGACUGCUGAAACCUUAACCAUGGAUUAUCAUCGAGGUGACGGUGUUGAGGUGCGAAUUGCUCGUAUUUUCAACACUUAUGGCCCUCGCAUGUGCUUGGAUGAUGGACGUGUUGUUAGCAAUUUUGUUGCUCAGGCCAUUCGGAAGCAACCGAUGACUGUUUAUGGUGAUGGGAAACAAACACGAAGCUUCCAAUAUGUUUCUGAUUUGGUUGAUGGACUCGUUGCUUUAAUGGAAGGGGAGCACAUAGGACCUUUUAAUCUCGGCAAUCCGGGAGAAUUCACCAUGCUCGAAUUAGCGGAGGUCGUCAAAGACACGAUCGAUCCAAGUGCAACGAUAGAAUAUAAACCAAAUACCGCGGACGAUCCACAUAUGAGGAAACCGGACAUCAGCAAAGCAAAGGAGCUGCUGAACUGGGAGCCAAAAAUACCCCUAAGAGAAGGGUUACCCCUUAUGGUGAACGAUUUCCGGAAUCGUAUUUUGAAUGAAGAUGAAGGAAAGGGAGCUUAAACCGAAAAACGAACAGAUACGGGAAACAAGUAUGUAUAGUGUGAACUGCAGCUGUAUUUUUGCCAAUUCAUUUCAUUAUUAUUAUUACUAUGAUUAUUAUGAUCUUUGUUCUGCAUUACCUGGAAAAUUUAGCUGUUUGUUUGAGCCUCUAUAUAGGAAGAUAUGUUGUUCUUUCCUUUUAUGAUAAUCAGCUCCUAUUGUUCACAUCUACAUUGUGUAGUUAAAUAAUAAUUAGUUUUUCUUUU